UGACUGUGUAACAAUCAAACUAACUAAUGACCAGUUGAAGCACCAUGGUUGAAAGUGCGGGAACAGCUAGUCGUAAUGCUUCUGUCAUGAGUCAGCUGGAAGAUACAUCCAGGGAGCUGAAAGAAUGUUAUGAAAGAUUGGAUUUCAUUGAGACGAAGCUGAGACGACGUUACUACCCCAAUGACGAAAAGAAACGCUUAGAGCAAGAAGUGAAGGACAUAAAGACACACCUCUCAAGACACGAGAAAGACCUGCGUUGCUUGAGGGGAGAGAACCGUGUUGCAAUGAUCCUCUCCGUUUUAAUACUUGCUUUGGGUGUUAUGAUAUAUAUGGUUUACACCAUGCUAUUUACAAGCUGAAAGUUGCUAAUAGGAUUUAAGAACUUGAAGGAUUUGAGAGAACUUUAGCGUUAUCUGUACUUUGUUGCUUGGUGUUUUAGUUACAUGUGGAUGUGAAUCUGCUUGUUGGGGAGUCCCUCUUGUGUUCUCAGAAGAAAUGGUACAAUAAUUACAUUCCAUUUCCUUUUUUCAUAAUUUUUUAUUUGCUUUUCCUUCACAAGUUUGAUUAAUUAAGUUGAUUUAUUGGGAAAAAAAUUCUUGAAUGUGUAAUGGACAUUCCAUAGAUACUUUCCUGUACAGUACAUGUGUCUGCUGUCAUAUCACUAAAUCAGUAUGUAUAGAGUUUGGUAAGGUUCGUGUGUCAAGUGGUAGCUAAACUUCCUCUGAAUAUUAUUAGAUGAACAACUUGAUGUUGUAGAAUAGCUCAGCAGUAUGCUGUGCAAGUCACCAGAUUUAUUUUUUUGUUGAUUUGAAAAAAAAAAUAGAGCAGUGUUAAUAAUAUCAGAUAAUACAAAAAAUAAAUAAAUAAAAUAAAAAUUGUGAGUCCAUGUCUUGUUUGUAGACAGCAAUUAAUGCAAUUUGAUUCAAGUCUGUCAAAUUAUCUUUAAUGACAUUACCAGUUCCACAAACUAUGAACUUGGCUAUAGCAGUAUAGCAUAAAUACAGUACAUUCAAUUGUCAUAAAAAUCAUGCAAUAGAUAAAUGGGCAGAUUUUAUGCAUUAGUAUAUUUCUCUCUGAGGUGCAUAUUCAUUGUUUUCUUUAUAUCAUAUGUACGAGGGUAAUGCAAACUCUGGAAGAAAAUACAUUGAAUAUUUUAUUAAAAGUUAACAUCAUUUACCCUAUAGAUAUCGACUCUGAAACCAUUAACAUCAAUGAAUACUUAUGGAAAGGCACUUUCUUUUUUAUUAUUAUUAUUUUUUUUACAUUUUUUUUUUUCAUUUUUUACACAAGAAUAUGCAUGUAUGUACACAUUAUUCUUUCCAACAUGAAUAACUAUUUAAAGAGAUACGUCUAGCAAAGUUCAAAGUUAACUAAAUGGCUUUGGCAACUAUGUGUAUGAUUUUAUUUUUGUUUAUACAUGUUUCCUCAAUACCUUAUAUGUCUGCAUACCUCCUAUUUUGUCCAGAAAACUAAAAGUCCUGGUUUGACAGAGUAAAUUAUUGGCACCAUAAAAACAUUUAAAUAUUUUAGUUAACAUACCUUACAAUACUAAAAACAAAUGUUAUACUUUCACUACAGUGAUAUUUUAUAUUAAUUUUGCUUAAUUUCCUCACUAGUUUCAGUCCACUAGAAUUAUAUUUAUUAUUUGCAUUGCAUAAAAAAAAAUCUAUAUUUUUCUGUUGUUCAUGUUGUUUAUUUUACUAUGUGAGAAGCUUUAGAUUGAAUCUAAAUACGUCCAGUUAAAUUACAUUUAAGAUCUUCACGAACUUCAGCAAAUUAAAUACACAUUUUAUUUCCGUUCAAAAUAACGAAACAAAAGUGAACAAUACACAAAACACUAUUGUAAAUAUAAUCUUUGGCACCACACAAGGCAGCAAGUCAUUACAUAUUUAAAUAUUGUAAUUGCAGUAAUUCACUCAAUAGUCACAUAACCUGCCUAAGAUCUACAAAUUCUGCCAAAUCAUACAAAUAAGAAACAUACAAAUAAUUUCAACUGAAACAAAGUACCUUUUCCCUGACUAAUAAACAUCUAACAGUAACAUAAAUAAAUCUAGUGAAGCAUCAGUACAGACACACCUUGAGAUGGGAUAAGAAAAAUGUUACUUUCCAUCAUCUGUAUCUGCUUUACACACCAUUUGCCCUUCGAAAUUUGAAAAAGAAAAA